CUGAAUCCGGAUUAGGACUAGCCAGAGUGCCAGACCAUGUCGAUGGCAUCGGAUAGCAUCCUGCGGCAUCUGAAGGAGCGGCGCCAAAAACAUCGGGCUGUCCUGGCAAUGAGAUGGCGAUGUGCCCGUGGAGGAAUAGAGUUCGAGGAGCUGGAUACAUUUUACAGAGCCCUCAGGCCAUAUCUACAUUUGGCGCAAUUUUUCGGCAUCAUGCCCUUGGCCAAUAUUCGGAGUCGGGAUCCCCAGGAUGUCAAGUUUAAAGUCAAAAGCAUUUCCACGUUCUUUACAGGAAUUUUUCUGCUGCUGGGUGGAAUUAAAACUUUAAUAAUUUGUAAUAUUGUCUUGAACUCCGGGCUAAAUGCAAAAAAUAUGAUUUGUAUAGUUUUUCUAUUUGUUGGCAUUACCAACUGGCUGAAUAUUACUGGCUUUGCCCGGUCUUGGCCACAAAUUAUGAUGCCCUGGAGCUCCUUGGACAUUCUAAUGCUAUUUUCUCCCUACAAGCCUUGCAAGCGAAGUUUGCGAUUUCAAAUCAAUGGGAUUGUUAUUUUUGUGGGGUCUCUAGCAGUGGUUGAUCAUGUUCUUUAUUAUGCCUCUGGAUAUUGUAGUUAUAGGUGGCAUAUCUGGAAUUGCCACUCUAAUGAGACGCGUCUUGCUUUUGGUUACUAUUUGGAGAAGGAGUUCUCAGAUAUCUUUGUCCUAAUGCCCUACAACCUUUUCUCAUUGUGUUAUGGCUUUUGGUUAAAUGGAGCCUUCACAUUUAUUUGGAACUUUAUUGACAUUUUCAUAGUCCUUGUUAGUAUUGGCCUGGCUCAAAGGUUUCAACAGUUGGCGAAGCGGGUCCUGGCCUUGAAGGGGCGCCUCGUUCCUGAUGCCCUGUGGUACGAAAUCCGAAGGGAUCAUAUACGUCUUUGUGAACUUACUGCUCUGGUAGACGCCAGUAUAUCCAACAUAGUGUUUGUCUCUUGUGCGAAUAAUGUUUAUGUGAUUUGCAAUCAGGCCCUAGCCAUUUUUACAAAAUUGCGACAUCCUGUUAAUUACGUAUACUUCUGGUACUCACUGCUGUUUUUAAUAACACGAACAAGUCUCGUCUUUCUGACUGGCUCCAGGAUACACGACGCUUCAAUGUUGCCUCUAAAGUCCUUGUAUUUGGUGCCCACUGGCUACUGGACUCAGGAAGUGCAGCGUUUUGCCAAUCAGUUGACUAGUGAGUUUGUAGGACUCUCCGGCUACCGAUUGUUCUAUUUAACCAGGAGGAGUCUGUUUGGGGCAAGUACAAAAGAGUAUUUCUUUAUUAUAGUUUAA